AUGGAGGCCACAGCUUCCAGCACGCUGCACAUCACUUCCUCGGCCAUCUCACUCAUCACGUGCCUCGUCAUCCUCAUCUACCUGUUGCACCCCGCCUACAUGGGCAGCGCGCAGCUGUUUGGCCUGCGCAAGCCCGCCACAGCCUCCCCGCAGACGGACUGCCUGCUGGCAGUCAGCGAUGGAUGGUGGCAACGCACGCCCCCUGGCAUAGACAUUUCGGACCUGCCUCUCAACAUAGCUGUGCGGAACAAAACUGACGCGUUUCUCGCAUGGAAUGAGGUGCGGCAGCAGCCCGGUCGCCUGCUGGUGCGCUACUUUCACAACUGGGUUGCCAUGGCGCUAGGAGGAGAUAUCUAUGCCAAGGUGGACUCCAAUGCGCCGCAGUCUAAGCACAACAAGGGGCAAUACCUUGCAGCUCACAAUGUGACGCUGGCGAUCAACAUGACCCAUCUAGCCUCUGAGAUCCAGGGCUACUUGGAAGCAUGCUGCAGAUACAUGUAUGCCUGA